AUAUAUAAACAUACACAAGACCAAACACAACUCGUUCUCCUGUAUAUUAAAAUUCAGAAGAAAAAGUGGGAUCUAAAGAUAUUUCUAGAAAGAAUAUUUCAUCUUCUAGAAAUAUAACCAAUGGCAAUCAAGAAUUCAUUCUCUCUUUUACUAUCUUCAUUGAUGGUGUUUGCUCUGAUCGCCAUACCCACAAUUUCAGGACAGCCAAGCGGAACAACAUGGUGUGUAGCCAAUCCCAAGGCACAGGACCCAGUGGUACAAGCAGCUCUAGGUUGGGCUUGUCAACAGAGUGAAGCAUACUGUAGCAGGAUUCAGCGUGGCCAAAAUUGCUAUUCGCCUAACACUCUCAGGGACCAUGCCUCUGUUGUCUUCAAUACUUACUACCAACAUAAUAAGAACCAAGCCGGUUCUUGUGAUUUCAAUAGUGCUGCAGUGAUCACCCACACCGACCCUAGUCAUGACACUUGCCAAUUUGAGUCUGUCCCUGGUUCUAAGUAAAUAGCAAAGACGAAAUGAAGCCAUCUUCUGCAACUAAUGAAUAAACUUAUGUACUAAUAUUGAAUACUAAAUAAAAUGCAGUGCAUAUGAUUACAUUAA